GCCAUGAUGAAGACGCUCGCAGCGCUUCUUUGCCUCGCGGCGGCUGAACCGACCCUGAAGGAGGAAGUGGAGUUGUUGAGGAAGCAGGUGUUGGCGCAGCGGGACCUCUAUGAGGACCAGCAGGCGCUGAUCGCGGAGCUGAAGAGUCGGCGGCUGCAGACCAGCACCUGGGCCACGCAGGCGGAGCUCACGGCGCAGGUGGCGGCGCUCACGGCGGUGGACCAAAGCAUGGGCGGCGCCAUGGACUCCAUGUGGAUGUGCCUCUGCGGGGCGCUGGUCAUGUUCAUGCAUGCUGGCUUCGGCAUGCUUGAGACGGGCUGCUGCCGGGAGAAGAAUGCCUCCAACGUUUUGAUGAAGAACUUGGUGAACGUUUGCGUGGGAACUCUGGGCUGGUGGAGCAUCGGCUGGGCCAUCGCCUACGGGGCGCAGAACGGGAACGGCUUCAUCGGCACCACGGGGUGGUUCGGCGUGGACUUCUACACCCAGGACGCGACCACCGGGGUGAUUACGCCUGUCACUUGCAACGGCGAUGGCUGCCAAAGCACCAUGCUGAGCUGGUUCUUCCAGUGGGCCUUCUGCACCGCCGGCGCCACCAUCGUGAGCGGAGGCGUGGCGGAGCGGGUGAAGAGCCCCACCUAUGCUCUCUACGCCUUCUUCAUGGCCGGCUUCAUCUACCCCGUGGUGGUGGCAUGGACUUGGGGCGGGGGCUGGAUUGCGAACGUGCUGGACGUGGGCUACAUGGACUUCGCGGGCAGCGGCGUGGUGCAUCUCACCGGGGGCGUCAGCGCGCUGAUGGGCACCAUCGUGCUUGGGCCCCGCAAGGGCCGCUUCGAUAAUCCGGACGAGUUCGACUGCCACAACCUGCCGCUGGUGGUCUUCGGAACCUUUGCGCUCUGGUUCGGGUGGUACGGCUUCAACCCUGGCUCCACCCUGGGCAUGCACGACGGCGCCACCGGAGCCAUGGCCGCGCAGGUGGCCAUGAACACCACACUCUCUGCGGCCACCGGCGGCAUCACCGUGUUUUUGCUGCGCUACGCCAUCGUGAGGAAGUACGACGUGGGGGCUCUGUGCAACGGCAUCCUGGCGGGGCUCGUGUCCAUCACCGCUGGGUGCGGCAACAUGGAGUGCGGCUCCGCCUUUGCGACAGGGCUGGUGGGGGCGCUGGUCUAUCAGCUCUCCUCCAUGCUGCUCCAGAAGCUCCGGAUCGAUGACCCCGUGGACGCGUCGCCGGUGCACGGCUUCUGCGGCAUCUGGGGCUGCCUCGCCUGCGCGCUCUUCGACUGGGGCAAGGGCGUGGACCACUACCACGGCUGGAGCGGCUGGGGCUGCAUGGCCAACACUGAUGGCAGCUGCAAGACCGGCAUCGGCGGCUCCGCCAUUGGCGCGCAGUUCAUCAUGAUCAUCAUGAUCAUCAUCUGGGCGGGCGGCUUGUCUGGCCUCACCUUCUUCAUCCUCAAAGUCACUGGACUGCUGCGGAUCAGCGACGAGGUGGAAGAUGUCGGGCUGGACUCGCACCACCACAGCCCACCCAAGGCCUACUCUUUGAGUGGCUGUCCGACCAAGACGGUGGAGGUGGGUGCGGCCACCGGGGUGGUGCCUGGGGAGCCCAAAGGUGCUUGGGCCGCCUGAGCCCAGUCUGAAGGGCCGAAGGAAGGGAGGGAGAGGUGAGUUGUCUUUCUUUCGUUUGGGAGAUGGUUGUGGUGCGCGCAGUGUGUUGCUUGUUGUUUGUACGGGAAACUCUCGUGGUUUGUUUGCUCCUCCUUACUUUUUGUCAGGUUCCCCGGAUGAAACGCCGGGGUGCCAGUGGAGUUAGUUCUGGGGGAUUUCCCCAUUUGGCCUGGGUGGGGGGAACCUUUUUGCCCAAGGUCUCCUCAACCCAAUCAUUGGAGUGCCAGACCCUUCGCAUCGGGGAUUGGCGUCUCUGGACUGUACGGUUAGGGCCACGUCGGAGCUUUGCCCAAGGAAAGUGGAGCUUUCAGGGCGAUUCGCUCGCAGGGUCGAUGCGUGGUUCAUUUUCCGGAAUCGCAACCCCGGAUCGCGCAACAUCCAGAUCCGGGCGAGCGGUAAUCUAGCGAGGCAAGCAGCUGGCUGUUGGAAUGGCACCACCGGAAUGCUGGGGGAUGUGUGGAAUCCCUCGGGAACA